AUUAACGUCAGUAAAGGCUGUAGGUCAAUCCUUGCGGGUGCUUUUAUUGGAUGUGCCGCUGUCAAGCAGUGCUGAAGAAUUGGAAGGGCAAACGCCAGAAAAGGCAGAGAAAAGACAAACAUAAAAUCAGCAUUAUGUAGCUCGGUCCUGCCUUACCUCCGCUCUCGUUCACCGUGAAUAUUCCUGCCGUCCCCGAUCUCAGAUCCGAAACUUGUGGACACGGAGCGGUCUUGUGGUUUUUUUGUUGUUGUGUGUGGGUUUUUUUUUUUUUUUUUUUUAGAUUUUUCUCUCUGUGUCUCUCAAGCGAUUGCAUUCUCCAAAGGUGGUACCUCCACAUAUUACAAUCUUACAGCCUCUACAUCCUUUUUUUUCCUCCAGAAUGAAAGAAAAUCGUGGAGCCUGGUGACACUGUGGCACACUGCACCCGGGUUUGGACCUCUAAAUAUCAGGCGGAUCAUCCUCAACCGGGCAGCGGAUGCCUUAAUGGAGAUUUGCAAGCCAUCUACCAAGAUUUCUCCGCUUCCUAAAUUGGUGAAUGUGGGCUGAUAAAUGGAGUGUUCUGUCGGACUACAUAAUGACAUGUUUGACGGAGGGUGUUUGACAUCGGAGCGACUGGCCAGAAUAACACCCUGCAGUGUGAAUAUUUCAGCCUGUUGAUGAUGAACCGCUCAGGACUGGAGCAAAGUGUCGUGAGAACCGGUUUAUGGCCCGUGUCUUGAGCUGAAGUGUGCAACCAGAUUGUUUUAAGUGAGAGAGAGAGAGAAAAUAAGCAUCAUUUUUGAUGGCUCCGGGGUGGGGGAGGACGACUACACAUGAAACCUUGGACACAAAAAUGGAUAAAACUAUUGCAUGAAGCUGGCGGGGGGACUGCAUGGUUUGUUUGUUUGUUAGGCCUACUUGAUAACAGUGAAGUUGAGGAAAAAUGAGAAAAUGGUGAUGUGGUACGAAGAAGGCGAGAAUUGGAGCCGGAGUGAGGGAUAGAAAACGUCCAUGGGGAUCUGAGCAGCCCAGCUGAAGAAUUACGGGAUCCAAGUUUUCGAGGAUAAGACAGCUGCUUUGAUUAAAGACCUCCAAUUAACUUCAUGUGAAAAAGAGAGGGAGGAAAUCAGCUUCCUGGUCGGGGGGUGGGUGAUAGAGAGAUAUAUUAUUCAUGCCUUGUGUUAGAGCAAUUGGAGAACCGGCUUUGCUGUGGCCUAGAUGAUACAUAUAGCAUGUAUAUAUGUAUUUCUAUAUAGCCUAUUUAAUAAAAAAAAAAAAAAACCUUAGGAGGAAGAGUGGACCUUGAAAAAAACAAACAAAGAGAGGGCGAAUGACACUCGGGUAGCCUCAAAGUUGCACAAAAAGAAAAAGGCUGAAGUGGGUUGAAGCAUGGGCUGUGCUUCAAGUAUUCAUAUCUCUGAUAGGGUGGUCUACCACGGUGGAAAAGAGUCCGAGGAUUCCCACUCACCCCAGCAGACUAAUACCACUCAGCUUCAAGGAAAUCCUGCCUCGGGACUACCCCUAAAACCCCUGAGCUGCAAGACCACAUUAACAGAGGUGCAAUUUGGACCAAUGAAGUUAUUUAAAGACCCACUUCAGGUACUUUUAGUUUUUGCCAAAGAGGACAGUCAGAGUAAUGGCUUCUGCUGGGCAUGUGAGAAGGGCAACUUCAGGUGCAGCAUGGCACGAACACCCGAGUCGGCUCUUGAAUGCUUUUUGGAGAAGCAUCAUGACCUCGUCAUCAUUGACCACAGACAUUCCAGACACUUUGAUGCUGAAGCACUAUGCCGGUCAAUUAGAGCGGUCAACUCUUCAGAAAACACUGUGAUAGUCGCCGUUGUGAAAAGGCCAGACAGAGAAGAAGCUUCUGUGAUGCCCUUGAUCAAUGCCGGCUUUAAUAGGAGAUACGUGGAGAAUGCCAAUAUGAUGGCCUGCUAUAAUGAGCUGCUACAGUUGGAGCAUGGAGAGGUGCGGGCGCAGUUCAAACUGAGGGCUGGAAAUGCUAUUUUCACAGCUCUAGAACAAAGCCAAGAGGCCAUAGAGAUCACUUCUGAAGAUCAAGUAAUUCAGUACGUGAACCCUGCCUACGAGUCCAUUAUGGGCUACCAACAAGGCGAGCUCAUAGGGAAGGAAAUAAUGGAAGUGCCUAAAAGUGAGAAGAAUAAGCCUGAUCUCCUUGAAACAAUAAAUUCUUGCAUACGGAAAGGAAAGGAGUGGCAGGGGAUUUAUUAUGCCAAAAAGAAGAAUGGAGACAGCAUUCAGCAAAAUGUGAAGAUCACACCUGUAAUUGGACAGGGAGGAAAAAUCAGACACUAUGUGUCUAUCAACCGGCCUUUAAAUGAUAAUAAUAAGAUUGAUAAAUCCACUGAACGUGUGCAGGCAGAGUCUCAGACAGACAUCCAAUCCAGUAAGCACAAAGACCGGAGGAAAGGCUCUCUGGACGUAAGAUCCACGACGUCUCGGGGGAGCGAUGGGAGCUCACAGCGAAGGCACUCCUCAAUGGCCCGAAUCCACUCCAUGACUAUAGAAGCUCCCAUCACUAAGGUAAUCAACAUCAUCAAUGCAGCGCAGGAAAGUAGCCCUAUGCCUGUGGCAGAGGCCUUGGAUCGGGUACUGGAGAUCCUGAGGACAACUGAACUCUACUCCCCACAGUUUGGCACCAAGGAUGAAGACCCCCAUACGAAUGAUCUCGUGGGGGGGCUGAUGACGGAUGGUUUACGCAGAUUGUCAGGAAAUGAAUACAUAUUAGCCACAAAACAGCCCCACCAUAUCCCCAGUCACUUGACAACUCCUCUAUCUUUAAAUGACAUCCCACCUCGUAUUGCCGAAACCAUGGAGAAUGAGGAGUCUUGGGACUUUGACAUCGUCAACUUGGAGGCUGCAACCAUGAGACGGCCUUUGACCUACUUGGGCAUGAAGAUCUUCUCCCGAUUUGGGGUCUGCGAGUUCCUAAACUGCCCUGAGGCAACAUUGCGCUCCUGGCUACAAGUGAUUGAAGCUAACUACCACUCCAGUAACUCCUACCACAACUCUUCUCAUGCAGCUGAUGUCCUGCACGCAACGGCGUAUUUUCUCUGCAAGGAGAGGGUCAAGCAAAGUUUAGAUCCCAUUGAUGAGGUGGCUGCCCUGAUUGCGGCAACUGUGCACGACGUGGACCACCCAGGCCGCACCAACAGCUUCCUGUGCAACGCAGGAAGUGAGCUGGCCAUCCUCUACAAUGACACCGCCGUGCUAGAGAGCCACCAUGCAGCACUGGCCUUCCAGAUCACUACAAGAGAUGAUAAGUGCAACAUCUUCAAAAAUAUUGAAAGGAAUGAAUAUCGAACACUACGACAGGCCAUCAUUGAUAUGGUGCUCGCAACUGAGAUGACCAAACACUUUGAACAUGUGAACAAAUUUGUCAACAGCAUCAACAAGCCACUGGCUGCUCUGGAGGAGAAUGGGGGAAACAAUGAUGAGGAAUCUGUCAAAAGCAUUCUGACGUCCCCAGAGAAUCGCAUCCUCGUCAAGCGGAUGCUGAUUAAGUGUGCAGACAUCUCCAAUCCAUGCAGGCCUCAGGAGCUCUGUAUAGAAUGGGCCGGACGCAUCUCAGAGGAGUAUUUUGCACAGACGGAUGAGGAGAAGAGACAAGGUCUACCAGUGGUUAUGCCUGUGUUUGACAGAAACACGUGUAGCAUCCCAAAGUCCCAGAUUUCCUUCAUAGACUACUUCAUUACGGACAUGUUUGAUGCAUGGGAUGCUUUUGCAGACCUCCCCAAUCUUAUGCAGCACUUGGACAACAACUUCAAGUACUGGAAAGGCCUGGAUGAGAGGAAGCUGCACAGCCUGCGACCGCCUCCAGAGUAGGCGCUGCAGUGUUUGGCCCUUGGACUCUGCAGUCCAGGGCAGCCCUCCUCUCUCCUGCUGGGGCGUCUCUCUCCCUGCCAGCCCAGACAGCCAAAAGGCCUCCUCGCCUUCACUCUCUUGCUUCUGUAGCACGCCGAGCGUCCACAUGUCCGUCCAUACAGAAACCACAGAAGGACUUCCUGACAGACGGUUGCAGCAAUAACAUUGCUGGCUUUACAACCCUGUCAGAUGAGAACUGUGACAAACAGACACGGACAGCAUCCUUAUGAACUUCUCGUGCCUCUCAGGCAUUCGCAGUGUAGCUGGUCAAGUGACAUGACUGAGAGAGGGUUCUAACAGGCCUCCUGGCAAAGCAUCCGUCCCCUAAUUACCACGUGGGCACUGCCUGUGAAGUUGCUGUUUGAGUAAAAACUGCUCGUUUACUGAAGGAGCGAGCAACACUGGAGGAGUGGGUGGAAUUGUGGCCUGGAUAUGAAGUUGUCCAAUCCAUGUCAGGCCAUAUAAUCACCUUUGACCUCCAUCCCUGUGCUCGCAGCAAGCCAGGACUGCUCAUUCUGCCCCUGGAGGCCACACCAUGAAAGAACACUCCACUGCUUGUUUUUGUUUUUUGUUUUUUUGUGCUAAAUUUUUAUGUGUCCUUCAAAAACCCAUCCAAGUUGACACAUAACUGUCAUAACAGAUAUGGGGGGGAUGCUUACUCUUUGGGUCAGGGAAUGGAUCUUUACUUUAGGCCACUGCUGAGACAAAAACCUCAACAUCAUGAUCAUAGGUAACUAAUUACAGAUGAUUUGGUAUGUUAAUUUUUCUUAGAUGUUCCAUAUUUUCUAUAUUAAAAUCCAUAAAUGAAUUAGUUGAUAAAUAAGAACAAAAUUAAUUUCAAAAAGAGAGAGAAAAGCCAAAGCUGAUGAAGACAAAAAAAAAUCAUAUAAAGCAUUACCAUAUUAAACAUUUUUAUUUUCUUAUCAAAAGUACAGUACCAGUUUGAAUGAACACUUUUGUAUUGCACUGUAAACAAUAUUAGAAAUGUCUACGUCUCAGUGAUUUGUCCAGGGAUGGGAUGUUGCAUUGUAGAAUAAGCUGUUAUUGUUGAUCAUCAGGUGUGUGUGUGUGUGUGUGUGUGUGUGUGUGUGUGUGUGUGUGUGUGUGUGUGUGUGUGUGUGUGUGUGUGUGUGUGUGUGUGUGUGUGUGUGUGUGUGUGUGUGUGUGUGUGUGUGUAUUUGUGUGUGGACGUGUGUGGGUGUUUUCAUUGAUGCAACAAUCCCUUACUCUUGGUUUAAUGCUGUAAACCGCUUGACAUUUAACAACAGCAGAAAUAUGUGAAAACAUUUUGGACUUGAAAUUUUUUUCUCCCAGACAUUUUUGUAUCUGGUUUAUCCUACUGAAAAGACUGCCUUAUUUUAUACAAUAUUUAUACAGUACAUCCCACUGUGCAACUGCAACGGACAUCUGGAGUUUUUAUUAUAACAUAGUCAGAAGGUUAUGUUCAAGUAAAUCUCAAUAUUUUUAUAGACAAUGAAUUUUACACUGGAUUUGCAGCAAAUGAGAUCAACCAUUAUAGCUAUCUGAAUACCUGUGAAUUGGAAGGUCACACAGAGCAUGUAUACAGAGAACUAAAUGGUUAAGAAGGAUGUGGAUCGCAGAGUUGUCUAUCACUGUCUUUAAGCAGUCUCCUAGAGGCCAGCUUGCAUUGAUUUUUGAUCAAACAUCAUUCUAUUUUGGCCACUUGUCCAACAUCCUUAUGCACAGACCCAGGGAACAGCUUUUUGUUUAAGGCUGGUUUCAGAUUAGGAUAUUAAUAUUAUGUUAAAGAUUGUUGCUUAUUAAGAAUAUUUCCUCUUUAAACAGUAUAUAAAUGCCAUAACAGCUAAGCAAAUGAUGGUUAAUAAGAUGUAUUGACCCCAGUUAUCUUUGUUUCUCUCUUAUGACAGAAUUGUACACGCAAUCAGGGGAUUUGUUUGUUCCUUCUGAUUCACAUCUUGGUCUGAAGGCACGGGAAAAAAAUUAGAAACUAUUCAAUGAAAAAUAAAAUAAUGUCAAUUAUAA